CUGUGUGCAAGAAGGAUUUGCAAUCACAGUGCUUUGGGCUGAUUCAAUAAGGUAUACUGCCAUAUGCACUGCUCAAUGUUGUUGUUGGAGAAUCCAUGUUUCAAGACUAAUAGAUGGUAGGACAUGGGCUAUUAAGAAGAUUUGGCCCAACUUUCACAAUUGUAGGGGCCUAGAAAUCUUCAACCCUAUUUGCACUGUGAAAUGGGCAGGAAGAAAACUGAUGGAUGACUUAAGAGCAAACGCUGACAUUAAGGGAAAUGAUUUGAAUGCAAUGUUGUUCCAAAAAUUUGGGUUGUACAUGAAAAAGUCUUCACUGUACAACAUGAAGAAUUAUGUGAUUAAUGAGCUUUUUGGAGGCCAUGAUAAGAGUUAUGGGUUGCUCCCUGCCUAUGUCAAGAUGAUACAUGAGACUAAUACAGGUUCAUUAGCAUUUUGUUCUUAUGUUGAUAUUGGUCAUCCACAAAGGGCAAUGCAAUUUGGGACUGUGUUCAUCUCAUUUGGUGGUCAAGUGAAAGGGUUCCUAGGAGGGUGUAGAUCACUGAUUGGGGUUGAUGGGGCACAUCUAAAAGGGAACUAUGGUGGCAUAUUGCUAUCUGUCAUUGCAAUGGAUGGAAAUAAUGAAAUAUUCCCACUUGCUUAUGCCAUUGUUGAUGUCGAGAAUGAGGAGAACUGGGCAUUCUUUUUCUGGCAUUUAUACAACAUGGUGAAGGAUGAUGGCAGGAACAAUUGGACAAUCAAAUCUGAUAGGCAGAAAGGAGUUGACCUUGCUUUGAAGAAGGUGUGGCCUGCAGCAAAGAGGAGAUAUUGUUGCAGGCAUUUGAGCAGAAAUUUCAAGAAGGCAUUCCCAGGCCCACUUAUGUACAUUUUGUUUUGGAGAGCAUGCAAUGCUACAAAUCCUUACACAUUCAAGAAUACAAAGGAAAGGUUGAGAAAGGAAGGGAAAACUGCAUGCAUGAAGUGGUUUGCUUGUCUUGGGAGUCAGUCCAAAUGGACAAAACACAAAUUUGAUCCAAGUGUCUGUUCUGACAUUAACACUUCAAACUUUGUUGAGAGUUUUAACUCAACCUUGGGUGUGGACAGGUGCAGACCUGUGUUGACACUUCUGGAAGGCAUCAGAAGGGUUUGCAUGGUUCGAAUAGCUACUAGGCAGUAGCAGGUAGGGUCUUGGGAUGAAGAUGGCAUUUAUCCGAAGAUAGUGAAGAUGGUGAAAGCAAUUGGCCAGGCUACAAGAUUCUGCAAGUCUCACAUGUCUGCCCCUGGUGAGUUUGAGAUACAUGAAGGGAAGAGUCAAUUUCCGCUUAGCUUUACCAAUAUGAAGUCUGCAUGUGGGGCUUGGCAGCUUACAGGAAUCCCUUGUAGGCAUGCAAUCAGGGUUAUGAUAGCAUCUAAGAUUGAUCCACACAUGUAUGUGAGUUCCUGGUACUCAGUGAAAAAGUAUAAGGCCACUUACUGUCACAACAUUGCACCAAUUCUCGAUAAAGAUCAGUGGCCAGAGUUUGAUGACCUGCCACAAGUACUCCCACCACCACUGAAAAGGGGAGUUGGUAGACCCAGCAGAAAUAGGAGAAUAGAGGAAGGAGAGGAAGCUAAGGGUAAAAGGUCAAAAAUAGUGAAAUGUAAGAACUGUGGACACUUUGGUCAUAACAUCAGGACAUGCAAAGGAGCACCUACAAUGAGAGAAUUGACCAACACUGAACCAAUUGUGACCAAGAACAAGAGGAAGUCAACCUCAGCAAGCAACAACAAGAGCAAGAAAGCUAAGCAAAAGCAACAAGAUCAGCAGGAA